AUUCACUCUAGGUGAACCACUUCCCCUGGCCUAUUCGUUCGCGAGCGCGGUGAAGCCGAAAGCUGACGGGUAGAAAAACGCGAAGAACGGGCGCAAAGAAGACCGAUCUGAUCCUUUCAAAGUCAGUCAAAUUGGCAACACACACAUCGCUCCAAGUGCGUGUCGUGCAUUUUCAGUGAAAUCGAGUGAAUUAUCCGGUCGAAAAUCGCCGCCAGCAAGCGCAAACGGGAGCCGUAACAAUGUCCUCAGGUGAACAGCAAACGCAGGCCACCACCGGCCAACCGCACCUCCAGAAACAGGACCUGUCUCAGCUGGACAUUACCAAGCUGACGCCCCUGUCACCGGAGGUAAUUUCGCGCCAGGCCACCAUCAACAUUGGCACGAUCGGCCAUGUAGCCCACGGAAAGUCCACCGUCGUGAAGGCCAUCUCCGGGGUGCAGACCGUUCGCUUCAAGAACGAACUGGAGCGCAACAUUACCAUCAAGCUGGAGCCGUUGUCCGACGAGCUUAUCGACCGGCUUACGACGAGUCCUGCCGAGUUGGCCCAGUAUAUAAAAAUGACUCACGAACGGUACAAAAUAGAGACGCCCCCAGCGGCUUCCGGUAGCAAACGUCCCCGGGACCCCAAUUCGAGUCCCUCGCCCUCGGAUGGCGGCCGGCUGAAGCAAGCUAAGAUCAGCAGCUACUUCAAUGGGGGAACUCCGACGUCUGCUUCCGAUGGCAAACUGAAGCAAAGGAACAUAGACUUCUACUUCAGUCGAGCGUUCAGCAACGGUAACAGUGGCCACAGUGCACGCGACACCACGGAGAAUGGCAACGGAACGCAUGAACCAACGAGGGAAGACGACAAGGACGAUGAUACCGAUUCGGUAGUUAGUGUCUCAUCUUCAAGACGUUCUCUGCGUAGCACGACGCCCUGUUCUUCAAGAUUGUCUGUUCGCAGGACUUCCAUCAACAGCACAGAUUCUCCUUCGACUCGUGGCCAGUCAGAAACCCGGGCUUCCACUCCCCAAUCUGCCAGUAGCAAGAAACGCAAAUCCUACACCAACCCAAAAGCGAAUAAAGACGGCGAAUACUCAGUGGAAGAAAUCCUGGACAUUCAAGAAAUCUCAAAUGCGCCAUAUUUCCACAUCAAGUGGCGCGGCUACAGCUCGAAAAGCAACACCUGGGAGUCGCUGAACAACAUCAGAACCUGCAACCUGAUUCACGAAUUCCUGCAGUACGAAGUCGGAGCGCACAAGGAGGAGAUCGACGCAAUUCGCGAGGAAAUCAGCCAAACCGAAGACUACCAGGAAAAGGCCAAGGCACACGAAGCGAAGACCUUCCAGGAAAUGCUCGAAGAGUACGAGAAGUUCGACGCCAUGGCCUUCGACAGCGAUCUGAUCCUUUAUUCCAAAAUUCGCAUGAACGGAUGUAAGAACAAACGCGUCUACGAUCGAAUCACCGCCAACAUUGGCCUGGAGAUGUCCUACCGCAAGCGGCACGAACAGUUGUUAAAAAUGAAGGAAUUCGAGGACAUGAUCAACGAGUUCGAGCCCAGCAGUAAGAUCGUGGUAGAAAAUCUACAAGACUUCGAUGUGCCUCAGCAGCAAAACUUCAAAUACAUCAAGGAGAACCUUGCCGGGGAAGGCGUAGACAUUCCAGACGAUCCUCCGUAUGGUUGCGAAUGCGAGCAGUGCGGCUUCCGUAGCGAUUGCUGUGGCAAGAUGGCCGGAGCACGAAUCGCGUAUAACGCGAAGAAAAGGAUCAACGUAGCCCCGGGAACACCGAUCUACGAGUGCAACAAACGUUGCAAGUGUAGUUCCGAUUGCUGCAACCGUGUCCUGCAGAACGGUCGUAAGUUCAAUGUAACUCUCUUCAAAACAUCCAAUGGCCGCGGCUGGGGAGUAAAGACCAAUCAAACCAUCUACGAGGGCUGGUACAUUACGGAGUACAUCGGAGAGGUCAUCACAUACGAGGAGGCGGAGAAGCGUGGUCGCGAGUAUGACGCCGUGGGCCGAACCUACUUGUUCGAUCUGGACUUCAACGGAAGCGACAAUCCGUACACGAUCGACGCAGCCCACUUUGGGAACAUCGCCCGGUUCAUCAACCAUUCGUGUGAUCCCAACUGUGGCAUAUGGUCGGUAUGGGUGAACUGUCUCGAUCCGAAUCUGCCCCGGUUAGCGUUCUUUGCCAAACGGAAAAUCGAAGCCGGCGAGGAGCUGACCAUCAAUUACCAAACGCAGGUAAACGAAAGUCGCGCGCUGGACGUGAGUCAGGAGAACGAGGAGAAGCAGCCCGAGGGCGACGGUGGUCCCGGCAGGGGCAAACCGGACCCGGAGAAUUUGACCGAAUGCCGGUGCGGGGCGGCCAACUGUAUGAAGUACGUGUUUUAGGCGCGAAAGGUGCUUGGAUCGUUAUAACGCGCUGUGUUGUGUGCUGCCUUAAUAAUCCGACAAAGCAGACCGGCCUUAAGGAGUAAGAUGAAAAAUAUUGUAUUUUUACAAUUCGACUUUACUGUUAGAAGUAUCUACCUAAUUAAGGAUAGUGAAUUGUGCCUGAAUAAAAACUGUUCAUUGUAGCUACAAA